AUUCAGCUUGAUCAGACGGAGACUCGGGUCACUAUUCGACAGGCUAUUCUAGACAAGGGUGGAAGGCUGACGCGUUGCAGAACAACGUCAUGCUGGAAGACGAUUCGGCCGGACCGAGCAACAGCAGGUAACAAGAUGGGAGCGCUAAAGUGGAAGCUCGGGAACUCCCUUUCCCACAUCUUGGCUUCCAAGAGCGGUGCUAUUUAAGAGUAUGCCCUCUCAACUCACCAAAGGCCUCUUCAAUCAAUGCGAGGACGACUAAACCUCUAGCCUUACCUUUCGCAACUGCAGAACUCAUUUCUAAGUUAUCGACCUUGUCAAAAACCUUCAUCUAUAAGCUGCUACUAUGGGUGAAACUCAGCGACCUGUCAUUUGCGGCUUCGUCCCCCCAUACAUUCUGGAAGCUGUUGCCCGCUCCAAUGUCAAUGCGGAGGACUCUGACGUCGUUGCGAAGGCGGCCAGCGCUGCUUGCAACCACACACUCAAACAUAUAACCACUUAUCACGAACAUCGUUAUAAGUCAGUCCAUGGGAACAAAGGCCUCGCCAAACAAGACAACCAACAGGCACCAUUGACUGCCGAUGCCGCGGUAUCGAAGUCGGUGCAGAGGAAGAUCUACGAUUGUAAACAGACCGACAAGCUUCCAGGAAAGAUUGUCAGAUCUGAGGGACAGGCACGUAUCAAAGAUCGCCAGGUCAACAACGUCUACGAUGGGUUCGGGAUUACGCAUGACUUUUAUUCUGAGGUGUUCGGUCGCAACUCCCUUGAUGAUAAAGGACUACCCCUCAAUGGCAACGUCCAUUACAAAGCCGCAGAUGCACCAGCUGGGUACAACAAUGCAUUUUGGGAUGGUGAUGCCUUGCACAUGGUCUUCGGCGACGGCGACGACAUUACCUUCGAUUACCUCACUGACUCGCUCGACGUCAUUGCCCAUGAGUUGAGUCAUGGCUUUGUGCAGUUCUCCUCGCCGUUGAACUACGAAUCGCAAGCUGGAGCUUUGAACGAGUCCUGCGCCGAUGUCUUCGGAUCAAUGACCGAGCAGUGGCACAUGAAACAGACUGCAGAGGAAGCGGACUGGAAAGUGGGACAAACCAUCUUCCCAGUCGCGUUCACUGGGUCUGCACUGCGGACCUUCCAGUCCUGGAAAGCCUAUACAGACGAUCCUGUCUUUGGCACCGAUCCGCAACCCAAACACAUGAAGGAUAUCUACACAGGGUCCGAUGAUAAUGGAGGCGUACAUAUCAAUUCCGGUAUCCCGAACCAUGCAUUCUAUCUCGCCGCGACAGCUAUAGGAGGGAACUCUUGGGAAAAGGCAGGUAAGGUUUGGUACAAGACGAUGAUGUCGGGGAAGAUUCCUGUUCAAUGCGAUUUUGAAACAUUUGCGAAUGUCACGGUCAAGGUUGCGGCCGAAGAAUUUCCUGACGCGGAUGUAAAAGAUAAGAUCCGCGACGCGUGGGUCAAGGUUGGAGUUCUUACUUGAACUUCUCAGCGGC